GGGAGCAGGUGAACGCUGGUUCUGGUUUAGGUGUGCUAACUCCUGGUAGGCCAUGCUGAAGAUGUCAUUGCUGGAGGUGACAAUACGAAAGUAGUCUUUCGUCUCACAGAUGUAACAUCUCACAGAAUCACCCUAGAACAGGCUUUGGAUAGCUCUGGGAGUCUGCAGCCUUUGCUUUGCUUCUCUCUCAAGCGUUCUUAGUCGGGCAAGGAUUAAUGGAAGUCCCCAGCCUCAGCUUGGGCUGUUAGAAUUCCUUCAGCGAGUCAGAAGUGGAAAUCAGGUUCCUCAGACCACAGGUUUACUAAAGGAAGGUCCAUCUGUCUGUGUGUGCCCGCUGCUCCUGGGGAGAUGUCCAAUGUUUCCAGCUACGCCCUCCGCAUGGCCCGGCUGAGUGCCCAGAUAUUCGGCGACGUGGUCAGGCCCACAGACUCCAAAUCCAUGAAGGUGGUGAAGCUGUUCAGCGAGCAGCCCCUGGCCAAGCGGGAGGAGGUCUACAACUGGUACCCCCCUCACAACACCUACUACGCCCUCAUGAAGAAACUCCGCUACUUCGGGCUCUACAGGGAUGAGCAUCAGGACUUCAAGGAGGAGAUGAGGCGACUGAAAAAGCUCCGUGGAAAGGAAAAACCAAAGAAGGGGGAAGGAAAGAGAGCUCUCAAGAAGAAAUAGUGCUGCUUGAACAGUGUAACUGACUGCUCUGGAAAUGCUGGGGAAUGGCUGGAGAAGGCUUGGCAUGUGAGCUGUGUGUGGGGCACAAGAAACACUCUGUGAAAUUGUGGACUCCCCCUUAGGAAUGCACUUGGGUCUUUGAAGUUUUACUGGUUUUGAAUUUCUAUACUUCAAAUAUACUGUAUAUUGCAGCACAGUAAUAAAAAAAAGAAGUGCUCAGUGUUUUUCUUGAAA